UGGGAAAAUAAACAAGGCCGUCGAGAGCUUUCUCCUACAACGACUGACUGGAAUUAACUCUCUUAUAUUUCCACCGGGGAUUUCAUUCACGCUUCUCCAAGGGGAGCCUUGUGCUGAGGAUUACUUUACACUGUGAAACUUUUUUUCUCUCUGUCAAAAACUCGUGUCUCGUAUGGAAAAAUAGAGGGGCAGAAGACAGACGCACCAAAGGAAAAGUUUCUCUUCAUCUUCCCUCCUGCGCGUCAAGAGUUCACCUUGACUGGAAAACUUUUUUUUAAAACUUUCUCCAUGAUUGUUUGAGUCGGGCUACACGGACCUGUGGAGCUUUCACUGCUUGUUGAAGGGCUGUCAACACAAUGGGACGCCUGUGUCUGCUCCUGGUUGUCACCCUCUCCCUACUCACCUGCCAGGUUUUGUGCUCCGGAGUGUUUGAGCUGAAGCUGCAGGAGUUCCUCAACAAGAAGGGGAUACCGGGCAACUCUAACUGCUGCCCCGGAGGCUCUGCUCACCCGCAGGGCCAGCACCAGCAGUGCGAGUGCAAGACUUUCUUUCGGGUUUGUCUGAAGCACUACCAGGCUAACGUGUCCCCCGAGCCGCCCUGCACAUACGGCGGCGCUGUGACUCCAGUCCUCGGCUCCAACUCCUUCCAGGUGCCGGAGACCAACGCGGACAGCUUCACCAACCCAAUCCACUUCCCCUUCGGCUUCACAUGGCCGGGGACGUUUUCACUGAUCAUUGAAGCUCUGCACACUGACUCCCUGGACGACCUGACAACAGACAACCCUGAGCGUCUGAUCAGCAGGAUCACCACUCAGCGUCAUCUCACUGUGGGAGAAGAGUGGUCCAAGGAUAUGCAGACAGCCGGCCGAACUGAGCUGCGUUACUCCUACCGCUUCCUGUGUGACGAGCACUACUAUGGCGAUGGCUGCUCUGUCUUCUGCCGGCCCAGAGAUGAUGCUUUUGGACACUUCACCUGCGGCGAACGCGGGGAGAUCAUAUGUAACUCUGGCUGGAAGGGACAGUACUGCACUGAACCAAUCUGUCUUCCUGGCUGUGAUGAAGAACACGGCUUCUGUGAUAAACCUGGAGAGUGCAAGUGUCGCGUCGGCUUCAGUGGGCGUUACUGCGAUGACUGUAUCCGUUACCCAGGCUGCCUCCACGGCACCUGCCAACAGCCCUGGCAAUGCAACUGCCAGGAGGGCUGGGGCGGGCUCUUCUGCAACCAGGAUCUGAACUACUGCACACACCAUAAGCCCUGUCUUAAUGGAGCCACCUGCACCAACACUGGCCAGGGCAGCUACACAUGCUCCUGUCUGCCUGGAUACACAGGUGCCAGCUGUGAGAUCCAGGUCAAUGAAUGUUCUGGAAAUCCCUGUCGCAAUGGAGGCAGCUGCACUGACAACGAUAGCGGCUAUAAGUGCACCUGCCCACCUGGUUUUUAUGGCAACAACUGUGAGUUAAGUGCCAACACCUGUGCAGAUGGGCCUUGCUUUAAUGGCGGGCGUUGCACCGACAACCCUGAAGGUGGCUACUUCUGUCAGUGCCCGAUGGGAUACGCUGGCUUCAACUGCGAAAAGAAAAUCGACCACUGCUCCUCUGACCCCUGUUUGAAUGGUGCAGAAUGUGUGGAUCUGGUGAACUCUUAUCUCUGUCAGUGUCCUGAGGGGUUUUCAGGUUCUAACUGUGAGGACAGCAGCAGUGUCUCUGGAUACUGUCCGUCCUUCCCUUGUCAGAACGGAGGGACGUGUCAGGAGGAAGUGAACGGCUACACCUGUACCUGCCCACCAGGAUACACUGGUGAAAACUGCAGCUCCCCUAUCUCCCGCUGCCAUCAUAACCCCUGCCACAAUGGAGCCACCUGCCACGAGCGUGGCGGUCGCUAUGUGUGUGCCUGUGUGCCUGGCUAUGGCGGUCACAACUGCCAGUUCCUCCUACCCGAGGUUCCCAGGGGUCAGCCGGUGGUGGACGGACCCGAUCGGCGAUAUUCUUCCCCAGGAAGUGAAAUCCCUGAGGACGAGGAGGAUGACGACAGUGGUUUCCCGUGGACGGCUGUGUGUGCCGGGGUCUUCCUCGUUCUUGUGAUUCUGAUCGGCUGCUCCGUGCUGGUGGUCUACGUUCGGGUCAAACUGCAGGACAGGCACAGUCACCAUGGUGACAGCGUCCACAGCGACAGCCACGAGACCAUGAACAACCUGACAACCACCAACAAUUGUCUCCGCAGUGACAAGGAACUGUGCACCAUGAUGACGACAUCGAUUAAAAACACCAACAAGAAGGUGGAUUACCAUUCAGACCUCGCCGGGUCACUGGGGGGUCUGAGUGGAAUCAGUGGGCUCAACGGAUCAGAGAAGAACGGCUUUAAGACACGCUACCCCAGUGUGGAGUACAACCUGGUCCAUGAGCUCCGGCCUGAGGAGCUGUCGCUGUGCAAAGAAGAGGAGCGUUAUGAGCCAGAGGUUAAAUGUGAAAUGCUGGAUGAGUCUGACUCUGAGGAAAGAUUCAGGAAGAGACAAAACAGUGACGCAUCAGAACUGAAACAAGUAGAAGAGUCACCAAGCUGCAGCGAAGCAAAAUAUCAGUCAUCCAGCGAGUUGAACUAUCACGCAGCAAGUGAUCUCAAAUCCCAGUCGACCAGUGACGUCAAAUACCAGUCGACCAGUGAUGUUGAAUACCACAGUCCCAGUGACAGUCGGUACCAGUGUACCAACGACACCAAAUAUCAGUCCGUCUACGUCAUGUCGGACCAAAAAGAUGAAUGUAUCAUCGCAACAGAGGUAUGAUACUAGUCCAGACCAGAUCAGACCAGUCUCCUGUGGUUGAUGGCGGUCCACACACACCAGCCCUGAGCAGUAGAGCUCAGCUUGUCUCCGGGAGGUUUUACUCCUGCUGUUUGCUGCUGUUCCCUGGGAUUAACCGGAGAACUUUGAGCCAAGGUGCGACUGAGCCAGCGCAGAGUCAGUACCGACUUGGCAAAGACUUAGUACUACAGUAGUACUACGGGUGAAUAAUUGACAUUUUGACCUGCGAUGGACGUUGGGUCUAAUGCUGACUCAGUGCUAUGAAUGAAGAAGACAGUACUAGCACUAGUGCACAAGUUGUACUGAAACAGUGCUGAAGAGUUACUGCUUGUACCAGGACGGAGUAUUGACUUGUUGAUCGAUGAUAUUGUAGUACCGUGGAGUACUAGUGGAAUGAACAUUGUAGUACCUUUGAAGUACCGAGAACUUUUGAAGUACUGUUGUAGUACUGUUAUGUGCUGUGGUUUUACAAUACAGUGUAAAAGCUGUCGUGGAUAUUGGACAGUUCAUGUUCUGUGCAGUGCUGCAGAGUGAAGGAUGAACUGCACUUCAUCAGUACCGCAGCUGCUGCUGUGGUCUAUUUAUUGUUAAGAAUUCACUCAGAUCUCAGUCGGAACUUUUCCUGACAAAACAAAAUUAAUACCAGUAGCUGUACAUCUUUCACUCUGCAGCACUGACCGACACAGUGAUGGCUGAGCUGGUUCUCAGCAGGAAAAAGAGAACUGAAGACUCCAGUAGUGACUGCAGAUCGAUCCAACAUGGAUCCUGUUGGGCCAUACUGGCCCCCUGACCCCUGAAGGUUGUGAUCCACAGGGCAAUGUUUUGGGCAGGGCAACUUAGGAAACAUAGCAAUCAAAAAAAGAGAACAAACAAAGGAAGAGAUGGUUAAACAAAUCAACAUGAAGGAAGUGUAAUUGCUAAGUUACAUAUUUUUUUCCUUUGGCCACAAUUAAUUGAAUAAAAGAAGUUGCUCGGUACAAACUUCUCCUCGGAUGCUGUUGUGUUUCCAAAUAGACCAAGCUAUAAAAGACUAGUCUUAACUGCCAAGACCUCAUUGCACUAUGGAGGUGUGCGUGUGUUUGCGUGUAUGAGAGUGUGUGUGUGUACAGAAGAGGUGAUGAUACCUGUGUGUGGUGUCAAAUGUAUGCACUGCCCACUCCCGCUCCCGUCACUCCCAGUCUUCCACUAUUAGCCAAUUGAAGGACACCAUCACCCUGCCUGCCAUUGGUUAGGAUCAUUUGUUUUUUAUUUUAUUUGUUAUCUAAAGAAAGAUGUAUUCUUUUAAUUUAAUUAUGUAAUUAUUUGUGUUCCAUUUUGUUGUGAUUUUUUUGUUGUUAUAAUUUAAGUUGGAUUGUUUUUAUUUGGCAGAUAAUGUAUGUAUGUAAGUAUGUAUGUAUGCAUGUAUGUGUUAGGCACUUGAGACCCCUGUGACUGUGUUGUAUUUAAGAAAAAAGUCGUAUGUACAGAGCCUGUCAUUUUUAUUACUGGAAAACAGCGCAAUAUU